AGGAGGAGCACGUGAAGCCCUCAGAGCUCAGCAGAGAAGCAGGAGACCCAGCAGCUCCGUCCCGCCGGACGGCCUCUCCUCUCGCUCGGAGACAAGGAGAUGCGUGCCGCGCUGCGACUGCACCUCCACCCCGGACCCCAGGGCACCGUGACUCCCACCGGCGUUCGCUUCCACUCUGACCGGUGUUAGAGGAGCUCCCUCCUCUUUGGCUCUACUUGUGGUCCGCUUUUUCUCUUGGCUUCCAUCCCCGCGGGGACGCUCCUCCACCGGCGCAGGAUCACUUCACAGGGAGAUUUUGAUCAUUCUGACAUUUUCAGCCAUCACCUCAUUUUGACUUUUCCGCCAUCCCCCACCUCGCCGCCUCGGACGCACCGAUGAGAGACACGGUCUUCUCGGGGUCCACCAUGGCGUACCACACGUUCCAGGCCCACCGGCCGCUCGACUUCUCCAUGUCUGCCUUCCUGGCGGCCGCCCAGCCCUCCUUCUUUCCGGCUGUGGCACUGCCCCCCGGCGCCCUCGGCAAGCCCCCCAUGGAGCCGGCUCUCUCCGGAGCUCUGGGCGUCCCCCACCACCACCCCCACGCCGCUCAGCUCCACAGCCUCAAGAGCUUGGAGCCUGAGGAAGCGGCAGAGGACGACCCCAGAGUGACCCUGGAGGCCAAGGAGCUGUGGGACCAGUUCCACAAGAUCGGCACCGAGAUGGUCAUCACCAAGUCCGGCAGGAGGAUGUUUCCGCCGUUCAAGGUGCGAGUGGAGGGUCUGGACAAGAAGGCCAGGUACAUCCUGCUCAUGGACAUCGUGUCGGCCGACGACUGCAGGUACAAGUUCCACAACUCGCGCUGGAUGGUGGCGGGGAAGGCCGACCCCGAGAUGCCCAAGAGGAUGUACAUCCACCCGGACAGCCCGGCCACGGGCGAGCAGUGGAUGGCCAAACCCGUGACCUUCCACAAGCUCAAGCUGACCAACAACAUCUCAGACAAGCAUGGAUUUACGAUUCUGAACUCCAUGCACAAGUACCAGCCGCGGUUCCACAUCGUCCGGGCCAACGACAUCCUCAAACUGCCCUACAGCACCUUCAGGACCUACGUGUUCCCGGAGACCGCGUUCACAGCCGUCACGGCCUACCAGAACGACAAGAUCACUCAGCUGAAGAUCGACCACAACCCUUUCGCGAAAGGCUUCCGAGACACUGGGAACGGAAGAAGAGAGAAAAGGAAGCAAUUAACCCUUCCCGCGCUGCGCGGAUUCGAGGACCAGUGCAAGGCGGAGCGGGACGUCGGGGACUCGGACUCGUCUUCCUGUGACCCCAUCACUGGGGGGGAGUCACCCCCCCGGGUGGUGAGGAGUCCGCGGGAGGUCAGCCGCGCAGGAAGAGACGGGAAAACGAGUGCAGACAGCGACCAGGAGCCGGAGCAGCCGGAGGUCCCCUCGACCGCACUGCAGAACCCUUGCCCACGAGCCCCCUCCCCCGCCCACCCCGGCCCGGAGAAGAAGGAGGACCCCGAGAAGGACAGCAACCCGGCGUUCAGGGUCGGCGCCCGGGACAGAGGCAGAGCCGAGAGCCGCAACAGGAAAGAGGCGGAGUCUAGGACCUCGGGUGGAAACGGCGGGGAGGAGUCUCCCCCCCGGGGGCUGCGCACGGAAAGCCCGUCCCACUUCAGCGCCGCCCACCUGCAGGCUCUCGCUCUCCCUGGACUGCACGGGCAACCCUUCUACAGCCCCCUGGCUGCAGGGCAGCCGCUGCUUCUCCACCCGGGGCAGUUCGCCGUGAAUCCCGGGGCCCUCUCCAGCAUGGGCAUGGGGCACUUGUUGGCAUCCGUUUCCGGGGCAACGGGCCUGGAGAACAGCGGGCUGGCUGGUCAAACCGCAGGUGGAUCCUGCCCCUUCCCCCUCCACCUGUCGCAGCACAUGCUCACCUCCCAGGGCAUCCCGCUUCCUGCUUUCGGGGCCAUGUUGCCGAACCCCUACACCUACAUGGCCGCCGCCGCCGCCGCCUCCGUCCUGCCUGGAAGUCUGGCUGGUACCUCCAUGUCACGGAGCCCAUUUCUGGGCGCGACCCGGUCCCGGCUUCGCUUCAGCCCCUACCAGCUGCCUGGGUCGGUCACGGGACUGAACCCUGGAUGGGACCUCUGCACGCCCAGCAGCCGCGACCCGAGCCCCACGCCGGCGCCAGAACACCACAGCCAGUUCGCAGGGCCAGGUGCCGCCCACCGGUCCAAAGCCUUGUUAAGGGACUCGACUAAUGAGCUCCACAGUAUCCAGAGACUGGUCUGUGGACUGGACUCUCUGAGGGACUCCUCCCCUGCAAGGACCUCACCGGAGUGACCAGGGGUCAAGUGUUCGGUCCAGCUCAGCACGUCACGGUCAUCGGGACCCGGUUCCGUACAGCGCAGCACAGGCUUGGACCUCCAGCCUCGGAGACCAGAGCAUCUGGUAGGAAGCCUGGUUCCGAUCCCGCACGGUCACUAAGGGUCACACCACCAGAACCGUCGUUCGCAUAAUGAUCCAAGGAGACUCUUUCUGGCCACCGCGUACAUGAAAAUGCAGCGGUCGAGCUCUGGUCGUGCUUCUUACAGCCAAACUGGAUGGGGAAAUCCGACACAGAGGUGGUACGCUCUGCGAAUAAUUUUUUUAAAAAAAACGGAACGUGUCUUAAAGCACUGAAUUUGCACGCAUGGGAGAUGAAUUCGUCCAAAGGAGGCGGAGCUAAAAAGGGCGGUUCGACACCUCGACCGCAUUUGUGGUGACGGAACUAAAGCUGAAGGAAAAAGGAAAGGAGAACAAAAUGUUUCAUCUUGAAAACUGGUUCCCAUAGCAUCUAAUCUGACGCAUAACUGUAUUUUAAUUAUUUAUGCAUUUAGAAUAAUGUAAAUAAGUUAUAUCCACUCCCAGUUAUUCAAAUGGAAGUUAAUUUAUUCAAAGCUGUACAUUGUUCUGUAAAUAGCGUUUUUCAUUUGGUUUUUUUUCCCCCCACUUUUCAUUAGAUAUUGACUUUUGAUUUUGAAAAAAACUCACCGAACUCAUGCGGGCUUCAAGCAGAUGAUGCUUGUGGCGCGUUGCCGUGAUGAGAACACGUGAGGAACACGCGUGACAUGUAUGGGGUCAUUCUUCAAUGACAAACCGUCGCAAUGAAGCGCCAGCAAAAUGUCUUGAUUUAUAGCGAGGGGAGAGUGAAUGCUGGGAAACUCAGGUUUUUUAAUUACAAAAAUACUUUUUUCUGGUUAAUAUUAAGUCAAUAAACAUUUCUCCUUUACACUGUUGCCCAGCUGUAAAGGUUACACUGAUGUCCCUUUCUUAAGAUUCUCGAGUUUUUCACCUUUUAAUAA